UGACAUAGCAAAAGGUUUCUCUCUCUUCCUCGAAAUAUAAAAGUUGUACCUCUGCCGAUGUACAACCUCUCCAAGCAACACUCCUCCGCAGCUCCUUCACCUGAAAAAAAAAAUCACAUUUAUUUCUCCUCUUCCAAUUAAUCCCAAAUUCCCCUUGAAGACGAGUACCCGAAACCCUACUCAAUGUCGUCCACCACGAGCGUCCACGUGACGGCGCUGGACGGCCUGGUGAACGUGAACUCCCUCUUCACCAUCGCCGUCUUCGUGGGGCUCUCUCUGGCGACGCCGGGGCAGCACAGCCUCGAGAACCGCUCCGCCUGCGACGCCGGCGUCGACAUCGCGAAGAAGCUGCUGGUGUUCGAGGUGGUUUCCUUCAGCUUCUUCCUGUUCUCGUCGCUGGUGGCCCAGGGGCUGAAAUUGGCGAUCAAUUUGCUGAACAGCAAGGACGUGGACGAGAUAUUUAGGGCUCACAUAAAUCUGAAGGUGCUGAGAUUUGGGAUGAUGGCGUCGGCGAUUGGAUCGGUGAUGGGAUGCUUGUUCCUGAUGCUGUCGAUGGUGAAUGUGAUUCAGAUCAGGCUCGGGAUGCUUUCGUGUGGGAGCAAAUCGGCCGUGCACGCUGUGGCGGCGUUGAUUGUUUUAGUCACUUCUGCUCUUCUGGUUUACAUCUCUACCGCCGUCUAUGCUUUCCUGCACUGAUCGGGGAAGAUGAUGUUAUAUCUCGUUGAGUUACUAUGUUUUAUAUAGUCAUUUUUGUAAGCUUUUAACUCAUAAUGGCUUCAAUUUUGUUAUGAUGUUGCGUCUUGUAUUUCAGUUUGUUUUAAUUGGUUUUCGUUGA